CUCCUUUCUCUCAACAAAUGCUUCCUCGGUUCGAUUCCGGCACAGACAUACGGACUGUGCGUAGAGUCGGUUAUGCAGGACGCAAAUCGCUCUGCCCAGCAGGCGCCGUCGACUCCGCCGCCCGUGUUUCCUCAGCGCCACUGAUGCUGCUGAGAUACGGAGGCGCGCAUCCCAGAGCCAGACCUCAUUGUGAUCGCUGUCAUUUCCUGCGACCUUGAAUCUUAAAACGCUGUUGCUUUUUCUUUUUUUUCUUUUUUUUUUCCUUUUUUCUUUUUUCUUUCCUUUCUUUUCGGGUUUCUCUUUCUGCAACAUCCGCGCGUCUGUAUACGUGGGUGGAUUGUGUUCCUUUUUAACUUGCAGCCGCCGUUGCCCCCGCGCAGCUUUAAGGGCGCUGCGGAUGCAGAAGCAGCUUAGAGCCGUGGAAACAAGCAGAUCAAUUUAGAAGAUAGAAAAAGGGGUGAUAGAAGGAGGGGAGAAGGAGGGGUAGAGAGGUGAGAGAGGGAGAGAGAGAGAGAGAGAGAGUGAGAGAGAGAGAGAGAGAGAGGCUGGUAAACUGGCGGUCAGGGAUAAAGGGCUAGAGGAGAGGACAACGACGAAAAAAUUAAGGUACUUGUCUUGGAUCACAUGCAGUGAAAUCCUUCGAAGACGACGCUUCCCAAACCAACCCCCCUUUUAACGCCCUCCAUUUUAUGCAGUAAACAUUAUUGUAAAAUAAAAAAAAAAAAAAAAAAAAAAAAAAAACCCCACACAAAAUAUCCUCAAAUGGGUUAUAGUUGAUCUAUAGUCAUAGUGUUGGAUCAUUUUGAAUUAGUGGAACCUGUGCAAUGUUAAAAAAUCUCAUUUUAAGGCAGCGUUUUCACAUCAGUAUACAUCAAUGCCGUUAACUUAAGAAAACAAAAAUGAAAUUAAAUAUGAACAUCAAUGUGAGCACUUAAAUUCGCUCAUUUGGAGGUGACAUAUUAAAAUUAUUGCAAUAGGGGUGGGUCAUGACUCAUUUGCAAUGCAUGUUGUCAUGGUGACCAACCCCUGUAAACCUUCCCUCCUCUUCUGGUUGGUCCAGCUUUUGUUGUGGCUGCACAACCAUGGACCUCAGCUGACAGAGGCAGCGCCCCCUUGCCCUAUCCCCUGUACCUGCUCCAACCAGGCAAGCCGUGUCAUCUGUACCAGAAAGACUUUAGAUCAAGUCCCGGAGAGUAUCUCAGAAAACACACGUUAUCUCAAUCUGCAAGAGAACUCCAUUCAGGUGAUCAAAUCUGACACGUUUAAGCACCUGCGACAUUUGGAAAUCCUCCAGCUCUCCAAGAACCACAUUCGACAGAUCGAGGUCGGAGCAUUCAAUGGCCUUCCCAACCUCAACACUCUCGAGCUUUUUGACAACCGCCUCACCGUAGUACCAUCUCAAGCCUUCGAGUAUCUCAGCAAGCUUAGGGAACUAUGGCUGCGGAAUAACCCUAUUGAGACACUGCCUGCAUUUGCCUUUCACAGAGUCCCCUCUUUACGCCGCCUCGAUCUUGGGGAACUCAGGAGGCUGGAUUUCAUUUCAGAGGCUGCUUUCGAAGGUCUGGUAAAUCUUCGCUUCUUGAAUCUUGGCAUGUGUGGCUUAAAGGAUAUACCCAAUCUAACCCCGCUAGUACGACUAGAAGAAUUGGAGCUGUCAGGGAACCAGCUCGGUAUAGUCCGGCCUGGAUCCUUUCAAGGCCUAGUGUCACUUCGCAAACUUUGGCUAAUGCAUUCGAGAGUGUCAGUGAUUGAGCGCAAUGCGUUUGAUGACCUCAAGAACCUGGAGGAGCUUAACCUCUCCCACAAUUCCUUGCAUUCACUACCCCACGACCUCUUCACCCCUUUACACCAACUGGAACGGGUUCAUCUCAACCACAACCCUUGGGUGUGUAACUGCGAUGUUCUGUGGCUCAGCUGGUGGCUUAAAGAAAUGGUUCCUAGUAAUACAACUUGUUGCGCCCGCUGUCACGCUCCUCCAGGUCUAAAGGGGAAGUACAUCGGGGAAUUGGAUCAGACCCACUUUACCUGCUUUGCCCCAGUAAUUGUUGAGCCACCUACAGACCUCAACGUUACCGAGGGUAUGGCCGCGGAGCUGAAGUGUCGCACGGGAACCUCGAUGACCUCUGUGAAUUGGUUCACUCCGAACGGCACUUUGAUGACCCACGGUUCGUACCGAAUUCGGAUCUCAGUGCUUCAUGACGGAACGCUGAACUUUACAAACGUGACCAUGCAAGAUACUGGGCAGUACACUUGCAUGGUCACCAAUUCGGCAGGUAACACUACCGCAACGGCUGUUCUCAAUGUGUCGGCAUCAGAUCCCAGCAACAGCUACAGUUACUUCACGACUGUUACUGUGGAAACAGUGGAGACAAAGGACAAAGAGUCUGCCAGACAGUAUAUCAACGAGACUUUGAUAGAAUUCUCUAAUCCAACUGUUCAACGAGGAGUGUUAGAUGGGAGACCUGGUAUUACUAUAUCUCCCUCUCUGUCGUCUCUCUCUCCACUAUCCCCACGGGCCAACAGAGCUACUGAUAAUGCAGUGACUGUAUCCAUAAUAGAUGUAACAAACAUUCCAGGCUUGGAUGACGUGAUGAAAACCACUAAGAUUAUCAUUGGUUGCUUUGUGGCCAUCACUUUUAUGGCGGCUGUAAUGUUGGUGGUUUUUUACAAACUGCGGAAGCAGCACCAGCUACAUAAGCACCAUGGUCCGGCCAGAGCCAUCGAGAUUGUAAAUGUUGAAGAUGAGAUCGGUGCUGGGGCCGGCAGUGGUAUCUCGGGUGGUUCCACGAUGAAUUCUGGCACAAGUGGAGAAGGAACCUUGAGAAUACAUCGUCCAGAAAUAGUCAAUCUGCCCAACAUUGGACGUACAGAUACUCUCAACCAUUACUACAAGACGCAUCACUUCAACAAUAACGUGAUAGGUCUCAGUAUUGGCUCGGAAUCAAUGGUGCCAGGCGGCAUGGGGAGUAACAAGAGCCCGCUAGGCCAGGAUAUCCCCAUAUCGUGCACCCCGAUUCCCAUUUCCACGACAAAUUUGCUGACCACAUCAGGCAGUGGUCUCAACGUCAAUCCAAAUUCUAUGUCCCCACCACUGCAAAUGUCUCUGCCUAUGCCUACUAUGGGUCUACAUGGAUCAAUCAAGGGAUUAAUGAGCCAAAACCAGAAUCCCCAAAUGGAACCACUUAUUUUCAAAGGCAGCUCGAAGGAAAAUGUACAAGAGACUCAAAUCUGAAAAACUUAAGGCGAGAGUACGCACGCGGAGAGUGCGAGUGAAUUGACGUUCGUAAGCAAGUGGGAGUCGACGUUGGUUUUAUGCACAGAAUGACAAGAUACAGUAAUAGACUGCAUUGACACUACUCUAUGGGAGGGUGUAGACUGUUGUGGCAAUACACAAAUAUGGACGGAGCCAAGGAUUACUACAAUGGACCAUUUGUGUUAGUUAUCAGGAUCAAGACCAUGAAGACCAAGUAAUGGGCGUUGCUACAAUGUAAAUCUGUGCCAAAGCAACAUUCUUUGCAGUUUCUAUGACCUUACAAACUAGCCUUUCUGAUUACUCAGUACCCUCGUCAUUGUUUGCCAAGAAAGUAAGAAAGACUUGCGCUCUACGCACCACCCCACAUGGAAGAGAUAUUUAAAGAAAAAAAAAUAAAUAUCAAUGACAUUUUCUUCUAACCAAGAAGAAAUCCACAGUCUCUAUCAAGUAACUCAAGCAAACGCUCUUGAGAUGAACAUCAUCUAGAUGUAAAAAAAAAAAAAAAAAAAAAAAAAAAAAAAUGGACGAAAAGGUACAGUGCAGUACAAACUACUGUGAAAAAUCCACAAAUUAUAUAAAUAUAUUUUCAUUUAAAUAUGUAUCAUUAAAUACUCACAGAUGGAAAGGUAUUUUAGGGAGGAUGUAUCAGAUGGAAAGGUUUGUUUCUUUGUGAAUAAUCACGGGGGCGGGGGGGGUAUAGCUAGGGUUGGUUAAGCUUGGGCUACUUCUCAGAAAAACAAGGGCUCCAUCGCAACACGCAUUAAGAAUCUUUGCAUUGGCGUUGUACGGUCAGUUUAGGUUGAGUUCAAUGCAAAUAUGUUUGAGAAAAAAAAAAAAACGUUCAGUUGCUACAAGAUAAAAACGACAACCUUUGUGUUCUACAGUGGAUCAUGCGUUUCCUACCUACUGUAGUGUUUGGAUUGAUCAAAUUUGGAGACGUAGAGCCCGUCAUGUCAUGGCAGAGGUGAAGGUCUGACUCACAAACGUAAGGAUAAACCAAUGCAAAGAUACCGAUAUGUGUGGUAAAGUGACAACGUGUGAGAGAAUGUUGAAGAAAAGAUCAGUAGCCAGGCAGUUGCUUAUACUGUAGGUAUUUCGAUGUGACCUCCUUGCUCUUGGUUGCCACGAUCAUGCCAUAUUAAGCUGUCUUCGGGAUAGCAUAGAUAUCUAUCUGCAGCAGCAGCAUUGUUGGAAGGAUUUACCGUUCAUCUUUGGAUAAUUAGAAUGAAUGAAAAUGUACAGUAUAUUAAUAAUAAAAAAUAUGUCUGGUUGUAUUACAAUUGUACGAGCGACAUCUCUACAUUUGAGAUUUCAUAUGUUUUUUUUUUUUUGGUUUUUUUUGCCACUUAUGCUUCUUGUGUUUCAACUCUGCAUUUCUUUACUUUUCCGUUAGUUUGAUAUAGCGUGAACAGUUGUCUAGCCAUGUAUCAUUACUUGUGGAAUAAAUCAAUCAUACACUGGGACGUGGUGGAUCGACAGUAAGUAAAAGAAAAGAGCGAGACAUUAUGCAAGCUAAUUUGCUUAGCCGGGGGACGAGCGUACAGUUUUGCUCAAGCCAUUAGUCAUGUAGUAACGAUAGGGUGCCAUUUGCCUUUAUUAACAUGUUUGUGCAGCUUCUUUGUUACUCUCCCAUAAAUGUUCUUUCUAUGUUGAUGGUUUUGGAAAAUUCCUGUUUUCGACAGAUCUAGAUGACUCUAUUUGUAAUGAAGGUGCAUUCGUGUGAGUUUAUACACUCAACAUGCUUCUCCCUUGCCUUUGGUAAAACAGAAAGACAAAGGCAAAGGUUAACAUUAAAAUAAACUUAUUUGGAGAUAUCA